AUGGUGUGAGUAUUGUAGGUCGUUUAGCCAAAAUAAUGUAGAUUGGUAUAUAAGACACUGUGCAGCUGCAAAACGGUAUCAAUUGAAUUCAAACCUCAUUCAACACAGACCUCCUUAACAAGACUCAAAAAAACUAAUUCAAAAUGUUCAAGUUGGUGGUGUUGUCUGUUCUCUUCGCUGUAUCUGCCGCCCGUCCAGGACUCUUGCAUUCAUCUCCAGUCGUCUACUCUGCUCCCAUCAUUCAGGAGCAUGGUUAUGCCAAUGUUGGAUCUAUCGUCAAGAGUGUACCGACCGCUGUUUCGCAUCAAAGCUCAAGUGUAGUACAUAGCCAAGCCCACUAUGUGCAACCCAUUGUGGCACCUGUAGUCAAGACCUAUGCUGCUCCUUUGGUACAAACCUACCAUGUUGCUCCAGUGCUGAAGACCAUUUCUGCUCCAAUCUAUAAGAGUUAUGCUCCAGCUCAUUAUAGCUAUGCUGCUUCUCCAUUGGCUUAUGCUUCCGCGUGGGACGAAUGGAUUAAAAAAGCUAACUUACCCUGUGAAAUUUAUGAAGUCCAAACAGAAGAUGGAUAUAUUCUGGUUUUGUAUAGAAUUCCAAAGCCGGGACAUCAACCUAUUCUAUUGGUGCAUGGUCUAUUGACAUCUUCGUUAAGUUUUGUAAUGCUUGGAGCUGAGAAUAGUCUAGCUUUUCAGCUUGCUUCAAGUGACUAUGAUGUCUGGCUUAUUAAUACACGAGGCACUGUUCAGAGUCGUAAUCACACUUCUUUGACUCCUCGAAAUCCCUCGUUUUGGAAGUUUAGUUUUCAUGAAAUCGGUAUUUAUGAUCUUUCUGCUACCAUUGAUAAAGUCCGGGAUGUCACAGCAUUUCAUCAACUCAUCUAUAUUGGACAUUCACAGGGAGCCACAGCCCUAUUAGCACUUUGUACUUUACGGCCAGAGUACAAUGAUCGUGUUCUACUCUUUCAAGCUCUGGCACCAAUAGUGCUGCUGAGAAAUUUCGUCAAGUUUUCACCAGAAACAAUCACUCUUGUCAAACGUUUUGUAAAGUCAAAAAUUAAAUCUAAGGCAUUUGAGUCAUUUGCUCAAGGACAAAUUCUGGAGAAAUGUUCAAUAAAUUCAGAAGAAAAUGAAAAGUGUUUGGAACUUGUGUCAGAAAUAUUCGGUGUUGGGCAGUACAAUCAGUCUUUGGACCCAAUAGCCCUUGGGACAGUAACAGCUGGAGGUUCUGUUCAGGAAAUUGAACACUUUCUCCAGAUUUUAAAAUCUGGUGAUUUUGUUUCAUAUGAUCGUGGUUUGGAGGGUAAUCUUGAGUUCUAUCAUCGAGUUGAGCCGGAUGGAUACAAUUUGACAAAAAUUACCAUGCCCAUAAUUUUGCAUUACAGUCGAACUGAUGCAUUGGCCACGGCCAGAGCUGUGCAUGAACUUUAUAAGUACCUGCCAUCUACAGUGGGUGUUUAUGGAGUGCCAGCUGACAAAUUCAAUCAUUUUGAUUUUAUUUGGUCACCAUCUUUACGCAAUUUGCUGAAUACAAAUAUUGUCAGGCUGUGCGAAGAGUUCUUAAAUGACCUCCUUAACAAAACUCAAAAAAACCAAAUCAAAAUGUUCAAGUUGGUGGUGUUGUCUGUUCUCUUCGCUGUAGCUGCUGCCCGUCCAGGACUCUUGCAUUCAUCCCCAGUCGUCUACUCUGCUCCCAUUAUUCAGGAGCAUGGUUACGCAAAUGUUGGAUCAAUCGUCAAGAGUGUACCGACCGCUGUUUCGCAUCAAAGCUCAACUGUGGUGCAUGACCAAGCCCACUACGUGCAACCCAUCGUUGCUCCUGUAGUCAAGACCUACGCUGCACCUGUGGUUAAAACCUAUGCUGCCCCUCUGGUGCAAACCUACCACACUGCUCCAGUGCUAAAGACUUACGCUGCUGCUGGUCCAGCUCAUUACACUUAUGGUUAUGGUGCCACUCCAUUGUCUUAUGCUUCCGCGUGGUAAUAAAAUUCCUGACGGGUCGUUGGACCAAACAAUUGGUGAUAUACUUUUCUUUGCUGACUGAAAAAAAUAAAAAUAAAAUCGAAUUCAAAUAAA